AUGAAAUUACUAAAACGUAAUUCAUUUUUAAGUAUUGUAAAUAGCUAUUUAAUUGAUUCACCUCAACCUUCAAAUAUUUCUUAUAUGUGGAAUUUUGGAUCUUUAUUAGGAUUUUGUCUUGUUAUUCAAAUUGCGACAGGAGUAACUUUAGCAAUGCAUUAUACUCCUACUAUUGAUCUAGCAUUUAUUAGUGUAGAGCAUAUUAUGAGAGAUGUAAACUACGGA